AUGACUUCAAACAACGCUGCUUUCCUCAUCGUUGAAAAGGCACCUCUCGAGGUGAAGCUUGCACCAUACCCAGAGCCCAAAGAAGACGAGAUCAUCAUCGAGAACCAUGCAGUAGCUCUCAACCCCGUCGAUUCAGCUCAGCAGAGACUUGGGCCCUCCAUCUUCCCGUGGCUCAAGUUUCCAGCUAUUCUAGGCUGUGAUGUCGCGGGACGUGUCAUAGCUCUUGGCUCUGGUGUUACCAAGUUGAAGAUCGGCGACCGUGUGGCUGGAUAUAACAUGGGUACCUUUCAGGAAUAUGUUCCUGUGAAGGAGUAUCUCUGUGCCAAACUCCCAGAUAACAUUGGCUUUACAGAAGCAGCUGUGCUUCCGCUUUGCUUAAGUGUCGCUGUCAAGACUUUGUUCCAUCCAGAUUACCUUGCGCUUGACCUUCCUACUCCGGAGACUAAGGCCAAUGGAAAGGUCAUUCUCGUCUGGGGUGGAUCUACCAGUGUUGGCUGUAACGUCAUCCAACUUGCAAAAGCAGCUGGUUUCGAGGUCAUAACCACCGCCUCGCCCAAAAACUUUGACUACCUUAAGAAACUUGGGGCCAGCGAGACCUUCAACUACAACUCUCCAACCAUCAAAAAAGAUCUCCUCGCCGCCGUCGAAGGAAAGAUCGUGGCCGGAGCUAUAGCCAACGGCGGCUUAGACGUCUCAGUCUAUCCUUCAAUCGUGGAAACUUGCGCUGCAGUGGCCCUGAGCUCACCGGACAACUGCAAGUUUGUCCCUCUUACAAUGGUACCACGAUUCACAGUCCCUGAUGGUGUCGAGACCAAAUUUGUUGUCCCCCUUGCCACUGAUAAAGAUCUUGCUUCGUGGAUCUUCAACGAUUACAUCUCGGAGGCGUUGGUGAGUGGAAGUUUUGUACCGGCGCCCGAGGCAAGGGUUGUUGGUCAUGGGCUUGAGAGUCUUCAGUCUGCUUUGGACACCCUUAACGCUGGUAUAUCGGCGAAGAAGAUUGUUGUUACGAUAAAGUGA